AGGAUAAAGCCAGUCGAGUAUUCGCCGCCGUAGCGGCAGUAGCAGCAGCAGCAGCAGCAGCAGCAGCAGUAGUAACAGCAGUAGUAACAGCAGUAGCAGAAUAGUAGUAGUAAUAUCAGUAGCAAUAGGAAAAGUAACGCUACGUUGGGAGUGUGUGGUGGACUGCUCUUGCCGUACUUGAGCGCAAUCGUGCGGUAGAGUACUGUGAAACGGUGUGCGCGAAAGGCUGCAUUCUCGUGCGUUUGUCUUCCGACCUAGUUUUCGCACGACGCCUUCGCGAUUUUCGACAGUCUCUUUAGUUCUCUCUCUCUCUCUCUCUCUUUCUCUUUCUCCCUCCUUCUUUUUUCUUUCCAUUUUGCAACGAUGGCUCUUCGUAAGCACGGCCGGCCUCGCUCGGUGUUUGUGCGGAUCGAUCGCACAGCGGAAUGAUGUCGCCUUGUUCUUGUUGAGAGAAAGGUAGAUAUAGAUAGAUAAAGAGAGAGAGAGAGAGAGAGAGAGAGAGAGAGAGAGAGAGAGAGAGAGAGAGAAGAAGAGAAAAAGAGUGAGAGAGAGAGAGUGUAAGAUAGAUAAAGAUUAUAGACAAAGAGAUAAGUUUAAACGGAAAAAAUGCAAGACACAACAGACCACUCAUCCAAAUCGGUGCUUUUAAACACUUUCAUCGUGAAGAAGAAGAGAUGUCGUGUGUAUUUUCAUCGUGGCAUCCUCAUCUGGGAAACGGAAAGACCACCUUAUACAAGAUGGUCGCUUCCAAUGACGGACGUUUUGGCGGUACGUUACGGAGAUGAUUGGAUUCAUGGCGUUAAUGUCAAGGAAAAACAAGCGUCAACCUCGCCCACGUCGCCGAUAGUAUGCCCAACGAAUUUCAUUUUACAUUAUGCCGUGAGAGGAUCGAAAAACAAAUGGAGUCAUCACAGUGUUACUAUGAGCCAUACUGACCCUCGCCAGAUUGCUUCUUGGGUGAAAACCAUUCGAAAUUAUCUUUUAGGUAUGACGUGUCGUCCGCGGAAAGUGAUGUUAUUCGUGAACCCCAUAGGUGGUAAAAAAAAGGGGUUGAAAAUAUGGGAAAAAGAUGUACAACCUUUGAUGACCAUCGCUGGUAUUGAAACGAAAAUGGUGAUUACCGAAAGGGCAGGACACAUACGUGAAACUCUGCUUACGGCCGAUUUGAGCGACCUUCACGCGAUUGUCUGCAUCGGUGGUGAUGGUACCUUCGCUGAAGUCUUCAAUGGUUUGGUAUUGAGAGCCGCCAAGGAACAACAAAUCGAUCCAGACGACCCAGAAGCAAGAUUGCCAUCCCCCUCUCUACCUGUCGGCGUUAUACCUAGCGGGAGUACUGAUACUGUGGCCUAUAGUUUGCAUGGUACGACCGAUGUGCAAACAGCGGCAAUACAUAUCAUUUUUGGUGAUACCACUGGAUUGGAUCUCUCCUCCGUCCAUAGUAAUCGUUCCUUAUUAAGGCUCUACGCGAGUGUCCUAAGCUAUGGAUAUCUCGGUGAUGUCAUACGUGAUAGCGAGAAAUUUCGAUGGAUGGGUCCUCAGAGAUACGAUUAUUCUGGAUUCAAAAAAAUUAUCGCCAACAAAGGAUAUGAAGGUGAAAUACAAUUACUUUCGGAUCCCUGUCAUCCGGCGGCAAGUACAAGGUGUAUGAAAAAUUGUUCAAGAUGUUUACAACACAUGCAUAAUAGCAUUCCUGAUAAAGAAAUUUCGAGGUGGUUGACGGUCCAAGGUAAAUUUUUUAUGGUUAACGGUGCAAACGUUUCAUGCGCCUGUUCAAGAAGUCCAAUGGGUUUUAGUCCACAUUGUCACAUAGGCGAUGGUUGUGUCGACGUCAUUUUAGUUCGGCAUACGUCCUUCAUAAACAAUAUUAGAAUGUUGCUGAGACUUUCUAGCAAACAAAAAACUCUGUACGACUUACCCUUCGUCGAGGUGUAUAGAGCAAGAGAAUUCACAUUCCGUGCCCUGCCAACAUUGCAUUUGCAGACUGAAAACAAUGUUCAAAGGUCACAGAAAACUUCAGGCCUUAGCGUGUGGAAUUGCGAUGGUGAAGUGAUCGAAAAUUCUAAUGUCAAGAUAAGGGUACACUGCCAGUUGUUGAGUGUUUACACGAGAAGAGCUCAAGAUUCGGUUGCAGAUUCAUCGUCUUGUUUUUGUUCCGUAUGAACACCGAGUUUUACUACUAGUACUAAAACAAAAAGGAGAAAGAAGAAGAACAAGAAAGAAGAAAAAGAAGAAGAAGAAACAGAAAGAAAAAUAUCGCAAUGGAAAAUACGAAUGAUUAGGAGAGAAUACAUUGCAAGAUUAGUAGUAUAGUAAUCUUUUCGAUGGCUUGCAAUGAUGGCAUCGAAAUCACAAAGUUCCUUUUCAAGCUUGCCCUCGAAAAUGACAUUUCGUCGUUAACGAUACCCAUCGAGUGAACUAGUAAAUCUUUGUAUCGUUUGAUGACGACAAAUGACCAUCGAAUACGUCCUCAAGAUAAAUUUCUAGAGUAGUUCUUAUGGCUCCCAUUAUUAAUUUGAAAGAGAGAAAGACAGAGAGAGAGAGAGGGAGAGAGGGAGAGAGCCAGAGAGAAAGAGAGAGAGAGAGAGACAGAAAGAGAGAGCAAAAUUGGGAAAAACAGAAUUAUUAAUAUAUUUCUUUUAGUGAUUCUCUUUCCAAAUACGAUUCUACUGUGUCCAAAUAGUUUUCUUGAUAAUUAUGUUAUAUAUUAUAAUAUUAAUAUUAUGACCCCAUUAUUAUUAUUAUUAUU